CCCCUUUCUUCUCUCCUUCUCCUUCUGUUCAUCAACCAUAGCCGAAGAUUAUCAGCCCACUCUCAACUUUCAGCACUGCAGAACACUCAAAUCUCCCCCUCCACCAUAUACCCAAAACCCUUCGGUUUCCUCGCAAGGAAUUCUAUAUUGGUUGAAUAAAUCAUACUCCGUGUUUCCAUCCAGUCUUUGCGAAGACAAUUUUCCAAUUCCUCCCAUUCCCGCAGCUAUUCUCGCUCCGCCGGAGAUUUCUCCCGGACAAUUGGGAUACGGCGGUUCUGCCGCCUCACAGUGUAACAGUCGGUUAUGGGGUGUCCCCUGUCAAGGAAUAUUGUAGCCGAGCUCAGAGUUUCCGGCUAUUCCCCAUCGGGUUAAUAACGAAGGUCUUGUGAGAUAAAAUGGAUUUUCGAAAGGGCAUUCCACCUCGUGAUUCCCCUGCUGGGAAUAUGAAAUCAUUAGGGUUCUCCAGUAAGGCAAAAGAGAAAUCUCAUUCUUUGGAACUAACUGAGGCUGGUAUUGAUAUUGACAUGGGAGAGGUCUAUUUUUUAAUUAUGCAUUUCCUAUCAAUGGGACCUUGCCACAAAACUUAUGGACAGUUUUGGAAUGAACUUCUGGAGAAUCAACUUUUACCCCGAAGAUAUCAUUCAUGGUAUUCAAGGAGUGGGAAACAAAGCGGGGAUGAAAAUGAUGAUGGCAUGUCUUUUCCAUUAAGUUACAGUAAGCUUGUGGAAAGGUAUCCACAUGUUGAAAAGGAUCACUUAGUGAAGCUUUUGAAGCAACUGCUGUUGAGUGCAUCAGUUCCUUCAUGUGAUGCAAUUGGUGGAAACACUAUAAAUGCUGCAACUGUUCCAACCCUCUUAGGAACUAAUUCCUUUUCACUGCUGAGUAGUGAUCAGAAUAAGAGGGACGAUGAUGUGGUACACCCUCCAACUCACCUUCGUUGGCCACACAUGCAAGCAGAUCAAGUGCGUGGACUAAGUUUGAGAGAGAUUGGUGGUGGCUUUGCUAGACAUCACCGUGCACCAUCUAAUCGUGCUGCAUGUUAUGCCAUUGCAAAACCAUCUACAAUGGUGCAGAAGAUGGAAAAUAUUAAGAAAGUCAGAGGGCAUCGCAAUGCUGUUUAUUGUGCUAUAUUUGAUCGGUCUGGGAGAUAUGUCAUCACUGGUUCAGAUGAUCGUCUUGUCAAAAUAUGGUCGAUGGAAACUGCAUAUUGCUUAGCCAGCUGCCGAGGGCAUGAAGGUGAUAUUACAGAUCUGGCUGUCAAUUUCAACAACACUUUGGUGGCAUCUGCUUCAAAUGACUAUAUCAUCCGAGUUUGGCGCUUACCUGAUGGGUUGCCAAUUUCUGUAUUGCGUGGGCAUUCAGCUGCAGUGACUGCUAUUGCAUUUAGUCCAAGACAUGGUUCUGUUUAUCAGCUCCUAUCGUCAUCUGAUGAUGGAACAUGCCGAAUUUGGGAUGCUAGGCAUUCCCAAUAUAGCCCACGGCUGUAUGUUCCAAAACCACCAGAAUCAGUUGCCGGAUCAAGCACUCUUGUACAAAGCCACCAGAUCUUCUGCUGUGCAUUCAAUGCUAGUGGAACCUUUUUUGUUACCGGCAGUUCAGACUCUCUUGCACGGGUUUGGAAUGCUUGUAAACCCAAUGCAGAUGACUCAGAAAAGCCUAAUUAUGAGACAGAUGUUUUAGCUGGGCAUGAAAAUGAUGUAAAUUAUGUGCAAUUCAGUGGUGCUUGUGUGACAUCGAAGUAUUUUCUCUCGGAUUCUUCAAAGGAAGAAACUAUUCCAAAAUUCAAAAACUCAUGGUUUACUCAUGACAACAUUGUCACAUGCUCUCGUGAUGGCAGUGCAAUUAUAUGGAUACCCCGACCGCGUAGAUCGCAUGGAAAGAGUGGACGCUGGCAGAAAGCAUAUCAUCUGAAAGUCCCACCACCACCAAUGCCGCCACAACCUCCUCGAGGAGGUCCACGCCAAAGAACACUUCCAACUCCUCGCGGGGUUAACAUGAUUGUGUGGAGCCUGGAUAACCGUUUUGUUCUGGCUGCUAUAAUGGACUGCAGAAUAUGUGUCUGGAAUGCAGUUGAUGGAAGCUUAGUCCAUUCUUUGACGGGUCAUACUGCAUCUGCCUAUGUUCUAGAUGUUCAUCCUUUCAAUCCUCGAAUCGCAAUGAGUGCUGGAUAUGAUGGGAAAACUAUUGUGUGGGAUAUUUGGGAAGGUGCACCCAUUCGGAGCUACGAAAUGGGAAGAUUCAAGCUUGUUGAUGGGAAGUUUUCCCCUGAUGGGACAUCAAUUAUACUUUCUGAUGAUGUUGGUCAAUUAUAUAUUUUGAGCACGGGUGAAGGAGAAUCCCAGAAAGAUGCCAAAUAUGACCAGUUCUUCCUUGGUGAUUAUCGCCCACUUGUUCAAGAUGCCAUUGGAAAUGUCCUAGAUCAGGAAACUCAACUUUCUCCAUAUCGGAGGAACAUGCAAGAUCUCCUCUGUGAUUCAGUCAUGAUCCCAUAUCCUGAUCCUUAUCAGAGCAUGUACCAAAAGAGGAGGUUAGGAGCCAUGGGUAUUGAAUGGCGCCCACCAUCUUUCAGAUUUGCAGUCGGUCCUGAUUUUUGCCUAGACCCAGAUUUCCAAAUGCUUCCCAUCGCGGACUUAGAAAUGAUGAUUGAACCACUCCCUGGGAUUGUGGAGGCAAUGGAUUGGGAGCCUGUAGUUGAGAAUAUAAGUGAGGAUGCAGAUUCAGAGUAUAAUAUUACUGAGGACUGCUUUACUUCUGGAGGGGAGCAAAGGAGUUCUAGUUCCAAUGCUUCAGAUGACUCGGCAAGCAGUGAAGGAAACAGUGAGGAAGAUGCCCAGCGAGACAUCCUUCGUAGAUCAAAACGGAAAAAACACAAAGGGGAAGUUGAGAUCAUGACUUCUUUUGGAAGGCGUGUGAAGAGGAAGAACUUGGAUGACUAUGAUGGCAGUUCGCAUAGGAACAACAACCAUGUCAGAAAAUCAAGAAAUGGCCGGAAAACUUCAAAGAAGUCUUCAAAAUCUUCUAGGAGACCAAGGAGAGCUGCAGCACGUAAUGCCCUACAUUUGUUUUCUCGAAUUACAGGGGCAUCCGUGGAUGAUGGAGAAGAUGAGAACUUUUCUGAAGACGGUUCAUCAGAAAGUAAGUCUACAUUACAGGACUCGCACACCGAAAGUGAUGAGUCGGAUGUAUCCUUGCACGAUGAACAUUAUCACCUGCAUUCAAAGGGGAAAGAAAUAUGCGUGGAUCAGUCUGAGGAUAUAGGUAAAUAUCAACUGAAUGAUGGAUUCAGAAAGAAAUUGGUUCUCAGGUUGCCAAACCGUGACUCAAGUAGGAUUGCACCCACUCAAAGUGCCAUGUUGGAGCCGGGUGGUCCAUCAUUUACAAGUGUUCAAGAGGCCAACAAUGCAAAUGACUGUAAAACGCAGGCUAACUUACCCAGAGUUACAGAUAAUGAUGUAACAGGAAAAAGUGAGACGGGGCCACCAAUGUGGUCACAUCAUUCAUAUCUCCUUGAUGGAUGUGAUGGUGGGACCAUGAGAUGGGGAGGAGUUAGAUCUCGUACAUACAAACAUUCAAGGACAGGAGAUCUGCCACCAUCUGGUUCAUAUGCUGGAGCAAGCUCAAAUCUCAGUGGACGUGCUCCGGAAGAAAAUCUAAUUAAUGAGAAUUCCACAAUGGAAAAAGAGAGUGAAAGUAUUUUUCCUUUGCUUCAAACUGGGAUACCUGAAAUUGCUGAAGGGCACGCAGAAGAGUGCAAGACUUCGGAAAAAUUGCCAAUAUGCUCUCAUGAAUUGGCUGAUGAUGAGACAGUGCCUUCUCCAUAUGCUAAUAAUGGUACUGGCGAUCAUCAUUCAGUCAAUGAAAGAGUUCCAGUCACACCAACUAGGUUGAAGAUAAGGUCAAAGCCUGAUGUCUCUAAUGGCCUUGGAGUUAAUAAUAAAAUGGGCAAAGACUCUGCAUUAGAUAAUUGUAGGCCGAGUACAUCUGGUGUUUCUGAAGAGAGCGGGAAGAUUUUAAGUUCAGCCGUACUGUGUAAUGAUAAACAGGUGGGGCUGGGCAAUUAUUGCGGAGCUACUAGAAAUGCUAUUCUGGAGGAUUCAAAGCAGUUGCAAUCAGAGGAUAGGAUGUUCAGUGCUGUCUAUAGGAGGUCAAGAUUUGGCAGGGGUAGUAGAAGUAGUAACCUUGGAUGUACUGUUGGAAGCAUGGAAGCCAGUACAUCAACAGCAAGAUCUAACAGGCCAAGGUCUUCAAACGGUGUUAUAAAUCUGAGAUUUAGGAAACCCCACGAUUACUCAUUACCCCCAUCAACAGGUUCAGGUAAUUUUAGAGCUGAUGAUGAAAGACUUGAUGAAUUGCAGUGCAAUAAUUCAAAAGCUGUUGUUGGAAUGAGAUCUACGAGGAUAAGGAGAAGCAGUUUUUACUUCCGUGAAUCUAGUCCACCCCCAGAUAGAAAGAAGUCAAAUCCAUCAGCAAAAAGGUCGUGGUUAAUGCUAGUAGCACAAGAGGAGCACCGAUACAUCCCUCAGCAAGGGGAUGAAGUUGUGUAUUUUAGACAGGGCCAUGAGGAGUACAUAAAUGAAUGUGACCUGAGAGAUUUGGGCCCUUGGGAAACAAUCACUGGCAGUAUAAGUGCGGUUGAAUUUUGCAGGGUUGAUGAACUUGUGUAUGCUUCCCGUCCAGGUUCAGGAGAAAGUUGCUCUAAAAUGAAACUUAAAUUUAUUGAUCCUAAAUCAGGGGUGGCAGGCAAAGUGUUUCAGUUAACACUACCUGAAGUGACUGGUUUCCCUGACUUUCUUGUCGAGAGAAGUAAAUAUGAUGUGGCUAUAGAGAGGAACUGGACUUCAAGGGACAAAUGCCGUGUCUGGUGGAAAAACGAGGGUGAAGAGGAUGGCGAUUGGUGGGAAGGUAGAAUUGUUAAUGUCCAACCUAAAUCCAUUGAGUAUCCGGAUAGUCCCUGGGAAAGGUACAUUGUCAGAUACAAGAAGGGGGAUCCCUCAGAACAACACCGGCAUAGUCCUUGGGAACUGUUUGACUCUGAUACUGAGCGGAAACAGCCUCAGAUAGAUGAGAAAAUCAGAGCCAGGCUGCUGGAUGCCAUGGACAAACUGGAACGGUCUGGAAACAAAGUUCAGGACUAUUAUGGGGUACAGAAAUUGAAACAAGUUUCACACAGGUCACAAUUCAUUAACAGGUUUCCGGUGCCAUUGUCUCUUGACAUUAUCCACUCCCGACUGAAGAACAAUUACUACAGACGCGUAGAGGCAGUGAAACAUGACAUAGAGGUGAUGCUGUCAAAUGCUGAAUCUUACUUUGGAAGAAGCGUCGAACUCUGCAAGAAAAUCAAACAACUCUCUAACUUCCUCCAUAAAACACUCUCAUCUUUGUAGCCUGCCCUGCUGCCGCCGCCGCCUUGUGGAUACCAGUACAAUUUUGUAGGAAAGCCUAUACUAGCAAAAGAUCUCGUCUUGUUCAUCAUAUAAACUUGAGAGCAAAGAAAAAAAAGGAAAAGUGGGAGGAGGGAAGGAAAGAUAAAAGAAUUUGUCUCUUUCUUCUUUUACUAGGGUUAGCAGAUUUUUCUAACCUUUCAGAUGGUUUGUUUCUGGAUUUGGAGAUGCACAGAUUAGAGGGGGGGUAGAAUGGAUCUGGAAAAAAAAACAAGUCCAUCAAUUAGUUCAUUUGUAUAGUGUAGGAGACUGGAAAAGAAAAUGUCAAUUGAUUG